AUGUAUCCAGGUAUCAUUCAUUCAGGUAUCAUGUAUCCAGAUAUCAUGCAUCCAGGUAUCAUGCAUCCAGGUAUCAUGCAUUCAGGUAUCAUGCAUCCAGGUAUCAUGCAUCCAGGUAUCAUGCAUUCAGGUAUCAUGCAUCCAGGUAUCAUGCAUCCAGGUAUCAUGCAUCCAAGUAUCAUGCAUCCAAGUAUCAUGCAUCCAGGUAUCAUGCAUCCAGGUAUCAUGCAUCCAGGUAUCAUGCAUCCAAGUAUCAUGCAUCCAGCUAUCAUGCAUCCAGGUAUCAUGUAUCCAGGUAUCAUGCAUUCAGGUAUCAUGUAUCCAGGUAUCAUGCAUUCAGGUAUCAUGCAUUCAGGUAUCAUGUAUCCAGGUAUAAUUCAUUCAGGUAUCAUGCAUUCAGGUAUCAUGCAUUCAGGUAUCAUGUAUCCAGGUAUAAUUCGUUCAGGUAUCAUGCAUCCAGGCAUCAUGCAUUCAGGUAUCAUGCAUUCAGGUAUCAUGUAUCCAGCUAUCAUUCAUUCAGGUAUCAUGUAUCCAGGUAUCAUGUAUCCAGGUAUCAUGCAUCCAGGUAUCAUGUAUCCAGCUAACAUGCAUCCAGGUAUCAUGUAUCCAGGUAUCAUGCAUCCAGGUAUCAUGCAUUCAGGAUCUCUUUUGAUAUCUAAAUAUAUGGGAAACGGUAUUCAUGUUUCUCCACACAAUAAAUGCGGAAAAAGCCGAAACAAAGUUAAAUUUUCACGUUAUUUAGUGUUUACAUUAAGUAAAAAUUUAUCUAAUUGA